AUGGGUUUUACUCACGAUGGAUCCACAGAGGAGCUCGCAGAUCCAAGGCAUCUACCCUCUCCGCCAGGCAUUGAGGGACUCGGCAUAUCAUCACGGUUCGUGGAUACAUCACCUCACAGCCUAGUGUUUCAUAUCUUGGAAUGCGUUCCCAAGCGCAAACAAAAGACUCCAAAGGGGCUGGUAUUGCUUGUCCACGGCUUCCCCGAUGUCGCGUACUCAUGGCGUAAGGUGUUGCCUCGUCUUGCAGCGGAAGGGUAUCACGCUGUUGCAUACGAUACACGUGGUUUUGGUCGGACGUCCUCGGUGACUCCAAUGAGCAGCGAGUCAUUUCGCCCUGUCAAUCUACUCUUGGAUGCUCUGGCACUGACUUCGGCGCUGGGAUACGAGAGCGUCUCGUGUAUCGUCGGGCAUGACUUUGGCGCUGUGACAGCGACUCUUUGUGGCCUCGCUCGACCGGACGUUUUCAGAUCUGUGGUUCUGAUGUCGCACCCAGUGAAAGGGCCCAUGAACCUGCCCUACAAAACUUCUCCCUCAUAUGGCGACGUGCCUCAACCAUCUAAUGUUAGUGAAAAGAGGGACCUUCAUGCUGCCCUGGCACAACUGGAUCCUCCAAGGCAGCACUACCAACGGUACUACUGCUCUGCGUCUGCCAACGACGAGAUGUCGAGUCCGGGAGGAGAUGACCUGCAUACUUUUCUUCGCGGCUACUUCUAUCUCAAGUCUGCCGAUUGGAAGGGCAAUCAUCCAAUUCGACUAAAGAGCAACACCGCUGAAGAACUGGCGGGGAUGCCGUCCUACUACAUCAUGCCUCUGGGGAAGACAAUGAGAGCGACGGUGGCCGAUGCCAUGAAGUCAGAGGACAUUGCCAUCGUCCAAAUGCAAGCUGAAAAAUGGCUGAACAAUGAGGAACUAUCGUACUAUACGGCAGAAUGGGAGCGAACAACAUUUCGUGGUGGAUUGAAUUGGUACCGCCUGGUUACUGACAUCAAUCUCCUGGCAGACUUCUUCGUCUGGUCACGAUUGAAUUUGUCAGUGCCCACAACUUUUGUGGCGGGCAAUAAAGAUUGGGGAUCAUUUCAGGAUCCUGGGGCUCUUGAACAGCUGGAGAAGGAGAUCUUUGUCGAACCAGGGAAGUAUAAAGGGACAAUAAUGAUUGAGGAAGCAGGCCACUGGGUCAAUCAAGAGCAACCCGAAAGGUGUGUUGACGCUAUUCUCAAGUUCCUCAGCGAUGCUGCGCCUGCUGAAUAG